AUGCCUUCCACCAUCGAGAAAUCAAACAAAGACGCCAUCUGGCGCUCAUUGAACGGACAAACAGUCUCAGUCCCUAACCUGGCCAAACUGCUUCCUUCAUGGAACUUCAAGAUCCAUCCCGAGUAUGAGCGGGCGAGAGAUGAGGUUCUGAAUCCGUGGAUUCGUCGCUGGGUCGACGACGCCGUGACAUGUCGAAAACUCCAGAAAGCAGAGUUUGGCGUCUUUGCUGCUGUACUUUGUGCAGACGCGCCGUUCGAUCGGUUGUGUACUGUUGCCAAGUACUUUGCUUGGUACUAUAUCUGGGACGAUAUCUUCGACUGCGGUGCUUUACAGGGGGGCAGCGACUCUGAAAUCAGCAACUACAGACAAGCAAGCAUUCAAUACAUUCAACAUCAGCUUCUCCCGGAACAUGAAUGUCCAGAUCUAUCGGUAUACCCAUCUCAACUACAGAAUACACUAGUAUGUUGGGAGGAGGUUGGCAGGCAUAUCCGCGAGGUUUGCUCACAUGACACCCGAGUGAUUCUCUCAAAGACCAUGCUCGAAUACAUGGAAGCGGUCGGCGACGCGAAUGAGCUUUUCGCAGAUGGAAAGCUUCCCUCCCUUGAAGCGUACUGGGCGCGGAGAGACUAUGCUGCGGGGAUUUACCCUGGUAUUGCGACGAUUCCAUUCGUCUACGGCGUCGAUAUCACCCCCGCUGAUGUAUCGAACGCCCGCAUGAAGGCGCUCUGGAAAUCCACCUCCUAUCUCGUCCAUAUCUCAAACGACAUAAUCUCCCUCAGAAAAGAACUAUCCGACGGCCAAAUCGAAAACCUCGUCCCGGUAAUCAUGCUCAACGAAGGCAUCACCAUCAAUGAAGCAAUGCAGAAGAGUUACAAAUACGCCAAGGACAACGCGGCAGACAUGGAGACCGCAGCACGCAAUCUACAGCGCGGACUCGGCGAACGCCACAGUUCCAGUUCUCAGGCUGUCGUUGCGGCGUUUACGCAGGGGUGUAGGGAUCUUGCGGCCGGGUUGAUUCAUUGGAGUUACUCGGGUCAGCGAUACUUCAAGUCCGCGGAGCUUGGUGCGGAUAAGGUGCUUCGUUUUCAGAUUGAUAGCGGGUUAUCGGGGUCUGCGGUGGCAAGCGGAUCUGUUGCUGCUCAAGGUUGA